CCUCACUUGUAUUGUGUUCAACGUCCCUUACCUGCAAAGACAUAGAGAGAGAGAGAGAGAAUAAGAGAGAGAGCACAAAGCAAAGCAUAGCGUAGCAGAGGAAAAAGAAGAGAACAAACAAGUCAAAAGGAAACAAAACAGAGCAUCUCUCUGUUCUCAUUCUUUCUCUAUCUCCAAAUUCUUCUUCUUUUCAAAGGUGCCCAGUUUCACAGUUGCUUCCUUUCCAGCAUCAUCUCAUGCUUCUAGCUCAUCUGGUUAUGAGUUUCCUUGGUUUGGUUCUGGAAACGUGUUUUUGAACAUGGGUUUUGACUUCUGAGUGUGAAGUUGAAUGCUUGAAAAAUAUACAAGUUAGUACAAAGCAAUGACUUGGAAAAGCAGAGGAGAGUUGCUUCACAGAAGCACCAUGACAAAGAAAUGUGUGAUUUUCCUCUGUAUUGGAAGCUUCUGUGCUGGGAUGUUCUUCACCAAUAGGAUGUGGACUAUUCCUGAACCUAAAGGGCUUGCAAGGACAACAGCUACUGAAGCUGAAAAACUAAAUCUAGUUUCUGAGGGUUGUAAUUCCAGAAUUUUGCAAGAGAAGGAGGUGAAGCGCGAAACCAAAGGCAUCUUCAAGACAAGUAAUGCCAUACAAACCCUGGACAAGACUAUUUCGAACUUGGAGAUGGAGUUGGCGGCUGCAAAGGCAGCUCAGGAGUCUAUAAGAAGUGGUGCUCCUGUAUCAGAAGAUAUCAAGAUGCCUGAAUCAUCUGGUAAACGAAGAUACCUUAUGGUCGUAGGAAUAAACACUGCUUUCAGCAGCCGGAAAAGAAGAGACUCGGUUCGUCAAACAUGGAUGCCAUCAGGUGAGAAAAGAAAGAAGCUAGAGGAAGAGAAGGGCAUUGUCAUCCGCUUUGUAAUUGGUCAUAGUGCAACAUCAGGGGGUAUCCUAGACAGAGCUAUUGAAGCAGAAGAUCAGAAGCAUGGAGAUUUCCUAAGGCUGGAUCACGUUGAAGGGUACCUUGAAUUGUCAGCAAAGACAAAGAUCUACUUUGCCACUGCUGUUAACUUGUGGGAUGCUGAAUUCUAUAUCAAAGUUGAUGAUGAUGUUCAUGUAAAUAUAGCUACACUUGGACAAACUUUAGUUAGACACAGAAGAAAACGGCGGGUUUACAUUGGAUGUAUGAAAUCUGGGCCUGUUCUUUCUCAAAAAGGGGUAAGGUACCAUGAACCAGAAUAUUGGAAAUUUGGCGAGAAUGGAAACAGGUACUUCCGUCACGCCACGGGACAGUUGUAUGCCAUUUCAAAAGAUCUUGCUAAAUAUAUUUCACUUAACCAGAAGGUUCUUCACAAGUAUGCCAAUGAGGAUGUCUCACUAGGAUCUUGGUUUAUUGGACUUGAUGUGGAGCACAUAGAUGAUCGUAGACUCUGCUGUGGUACACCACCAGAUUGUGAAUGGAAGGCCCAGGCAGGCAACGUUUGCGUUGCUUCGUUUGAUUGGACCUGCAGUGGAAUUUGCAGGUCUGCUGAAAGGAUCAAAGAGGUGCACAGGCGAUGCGGCGAAGGUGAGAAAGCUUUGUGGAGUGCCACAUUCUAGAAGGCACCUUGGAGAGCUCUUCCCCGCUCAGGAAGAUUAUAACUAUAGCAAUGAAACUAGGCUGCAGCAUUUUCUUUUCUUUAUAUAGUUUUGAUAAGUAUAGAAAAAUUUUCAUUUUACACGAGAGCAGGAGUCAGAGAGAGUGCGAGAGGAAAGAAAGAGAAAGGACUUGCCCCAUGGAACUUCUGCAUUUUAAUAAAGGAGAUUAGCCAUGGUAGCUACCAGAAUAGAAAGCAUGGGAUAGUCCCCACCAACCCAUUCUUUGAUGCUUGAAAGGCAACUCUAUAUGUUAAUAGGUUCAUGCCUAACAAGCUCCUAAUAUAUACAGAUGUAUACUUUGGUUGCUAUUGCCACCUUUCCUGACAUUUAAAUCUGAAUUUUCUGUUUGGCCAAGUUGAAAUUA